AUGUUUGCCCUUUUCUCCUUGGUAAUAUCGUUCUUAUGUCAAAAUCAUGCUAUUUCAUCUAAAAAAGACGACGGGGAUCUUCCUGAUGCAAAGCAGGUUAUCCAGAAGCUACCUCAAACAUUCAUGCGUCAGUCACUUGGAGAUUAUCCGAAAUUAAUAUGUGGUUAUCAGCGUUUCUACAAUGAGACCGACAGAAAAUAUGAUUUAAUAUUUAAGUACCCGAAUGAGCUGAUUAGCCUACCUCUCUAUGUGAAAAAUGUGACUGAAAACAAAAUUUAUAUGGGCACUACACCAGAACCACUUAUUGAACCAGAAUACGAACUCGAUAUAUUGUUUUCCAACAUGAAAUCGUGUAUGGUAACAAGGAACCCGGACGCAGAUUCUCCAAGAGACUGUAACCUGAUGGUGACAAAAGACCACUUUGAUAAGCCUCUGAAAAGAUGCCUCAAAAAAUUCAUAAAGCACUGCAAUGGUCAGGCAUUCAACUACACAAUCAAGGACUGCCCUUAUCCAGAAACCAAGAAUUAA